GUGACCGUGGGGAUCCCCGUUCGGUUGAUUGGCGGAUAUAGCCCCGUCCACCGGGUCCUAUUUCAACUCAUUCCAAAGACUCGAAGUCAACUACAGUCCUUUGAGCUCUGCGGUCUACAAACACCUUUGUCAAGUUGUCUUGUCCUAAAGUCGGUGAUGGAUGCCUUACGGUCGGCUGGAAGAGCGAUCAUCCGAAGUCCAAGCAUCGCGAAACGGUCUUGGAAUUCCGGCAAACAUAAAAAACUUCCUGAGAACUGGACCGACACUAGGGAGACUGUUGUGGAGGGCAUGACCUUUAACCUCCGCCGCCUAGGCAUGACCCUGGUGGACCAGGCCAAAGGAGAGGACCUAUCAGCAGCUGCUGUCAAGAGGAUCGUUGCCACGGCCAAAGCGGGAGGUAAGAAGCCUCCGAAGGUUUCUCUGAAGGUUUCUCCUCAGGGUAUAAUGCUCUAUGAUAGUCUGACCAACCAGCUGCUAGACAACAUCUCCAUAUACAGGAUAUCCUACUGCACGGCGGACAAGCUGCACGACAAGGUGUUUGCCUACAUUUCCCAGAACACACUCAACGGAACACUGGAGUGCCACGCCUACCUCUGCUCCAAGAGGAAAGUGGCCCAGGCAGUGACUCUGACUGUAGCACAGGCCUUUAAAGUGGCCUUUGAGUUCUGGCAGGUUGCCAAAGAAGAGAAGAGGGUGAAGUCCGGCUCGGCUGGAGAAGCAUCCGGCAGCUCCCAAUUAGAAGGAUCCAAAAGCCUGGCUAGUCUGAAAGCAGAAGAUGUUGCCACGGGUAACCUACUGGACCUGGAGGAACGGACUCAUGUUGCCGUGGUUCUGGAAACCAAUGGCAACGAGGAGUUCCAGGUGGACGACCACACCGCUCCCGAGGACAUUGAUAACAACAACACUGUCUGGGAAAUUGAGGAAGACUUGGAUGAGGCUUUUUCUAGACUGGCAGUGUCCCGUACUAACCCCCAGGUCCUGGAUGUUGGGGUGACCCCCCAGGAUUGGCUUACAGAACCUGACCGGGCCAAUGGGAACACAUGCAACCAGAACACAUCGAACACCACCAAUGGAGAUGACUUUGUCUUCUGAUUGGCUACCGGAGGACGACCGAGAGGCGACCUUUCGGCUCUUUGGCCCAAUCCCGAAUCAACCCCUAGGCCCUACGCUGGAGCUACAGCAUACCAUAUUUGUUUCCUCCUCUCAGGUCUGCACAAGUGCAUAGGUCAAUUUGAGAUGGGGCCCAUAGAGUUGGCUUUGGACCCAUUCCAAACCGAUCCCUUGCCUCUGUGCUUAUUCCCUAUUUGAGUCCCUCCCCCUUAUAGAUCUGAAAGGACUGCAUAGGUUGACUCCCUCCCCCCUUAUAGAUCUGAAAGGACUGCAUAGGUUGACUCCCUCCCCCCUUAUAGAUCUGAAAGGACUGCAUAGGUUGAGAGCUUUUGGUUGAACUUCUGUCAAUACUUUUUUUUUUUUUUUCCCAACUUUCAACCAAGUUUUUAUAGAUCUACACGGGGCCGCCAGGAAGAACCUAUGGGUAGAGGCUAGGGACUUGAACCGGGACCUGCCCCCCCCCCCCACCACCACCACCACAGCAGUAUGCAGUACUCUUUGGGACCACAGCAGUACGCAGUACUCUUUGGGACCACAGCAGUACGCAGUACUCUUUGGGACCACAGCAGUACGCAGUACUCUUUGGGACCACAGCAGUACGCAGUACUCUUUGGGACCACAGCAGUACGCAGUACUCUUUGGGACCACAGCAGUACGCAGUACUCUUUGGGACCACAGCAGUACGCAGUACUCUUUGGGACCACAGCAGUACU